GGGAUAAGCUCUGUCUUACUCCUUCGCCAUCAUGUUCAUCGAUCUCGACCCCUUUCACAACACAGAUUUAUCUCGUCAUCUGAUAAGAUCUUGCACUUCUACUACCAUGAUUACCCUUGAUCCGCCUAUUCUCGGACUAGGCAACAGCAUAGACUAAACUGGGACCAAUUUACCAGCGUGAAAUUCGGACUCAGUUCAAAAAGCCGAGCUUCCCACCAAGCUCGCCCAGCCCGCCUCCGACGACCGUAUCCUUCCCCCCCCCUCCAUCUCCCAUAUCCCCAACCAGAACUUGUUUACUUCCUAAAAUGGACUCUUUGAGAAGCCCGGACCAGCCUUCAGCGCAGAAGAAGCGGCGCAGACCAGCCCUGGCAUGCGAACAAUGCCGCCGUCGAAAAGUCCGCUGCGAUAGGAACCUCCCCUGCAGCACCUGCAUCCGAUCCAAGCACGCCCUCUGCACAUACACCUCGCAGACAAAGCCGGAAUCUAGAAAGAGUCCCAAGCAUGGGGCUGAGGAUAACGGUGGUGCUCUCCACACUGCUCUCCGCCUGCCGGACCCUAUCCUCCCCGCGUCCUCAUCCCUGCGGGUGAGGCCCCCGAUCUCUUCCUCUUCCUCCGUCGGUGCAAGUACACCUCUACCCACCCGGACACGGCUGGAGAACUUCAAAGACCCUGUUCAUGGUUCAACCAGGGCCAGUGAGUCUGGUCUUGGGUUUCCAGAACCAAUCAUCCCGACAUCUCGGCCCCUAUCAGAAGCCUCCCCCGCCACUCACGACCCCAGGACACUCGAUGGACACCCCCUCUUCCACGCAACUAACCCUGGAGAACAUUCCGGCCCCGCAGACUUUGGGACUUGGAGGCCCGUAAAUCCUACGCGUCCCCCGGCCCCGGUGAGCGUGAGGGCGGAGACGGCCUCGAUCCCCGGAAGUUGCCCCGGUUCCUCGUCGACGGUGAAUUCGCUGGUUGAUCGGGUGAAGCAGCUCGAGCAGCAGUUGUCGGAUCUUACCGUGAAGUAUGGAGCUCGGGAAGAAGAUGUACCCCAACCUGCUCCUGGUCUCCGAGAGGGGUUGAGAUAUAGCCGGGGCUGCGUCAGCAAGACUCGUUACUUUGGACAGAGUCAUUGGAUGAACGCGGCUGAUAUGUUGUACCGCCUUGUCAACUUUGCGAGAAAGUUUGAGAACCGUCGAUCAUCACAACUCUACGUCGACCUAGAAAAAUGCAAAAAGCUAGGCCGCAUCAUCAAAGCCCGCCGGACCCCCUCAUUCAGCACAAUCUCAACCGGCAAGAGCAUGCCCUCCCGAGACCUGGCCGACAUCCUCAUCGACAACUACCUACGCACCUUUGAGUCCGUCCACCGCAUCAUCCACGUUCCAACCUUCAAGGCCGACUACGAAAAGUACUGGUCGGACCCCUCUGAUGCGAGCGACUCCUUCAUCAUCACCAUGCAGCUGUGCAUGGGCAUCGGCGCCACCAUGCACGACGAACGCUUCGCCCUCCGGAAUUCGGCCAUUCAAUGGUUCUGGGAGGCCAUGUUCUGGCUCAUUACGCCCUGCGAGAAGUCCAAGAUGACCAUUCCCGGGCUCCAGAUCCGCUGCUUGAUGCACUACCUCCGUCACACGGCUAAUAUCGGCUGCGAUCUCACCUGGAUUGGCGCCGGUGCCCUCCUCAGGACAGCCAUGUACAUGGGACUGCACCGCGACCCCAAGUCCAUCAUCAAAAUGUCUCCAUAUCGCGCUGAAAUGCGUAGGAGGCUAUGGGUUACGAUCUUGGAGAUCACCUCGCAGACAAGCAUCGACUCAGGCGGCCCGCCCCUCAUCUCACUAGACGAUUUCGAUACAGAAUUACCAGCAAACCUAGACGACGAACAACUCGUAGAAGACGGUGAAUCGGCCUUCCCCGUGCCCAGGGAUCCAGGUACACAUACGCAGAUGACAGUCCCACUCGUAGUCUUCGGAACAUUCGCAGCUCGUCUCGCCGUAGCAAAGCGCGUGAAUGAAUUCCGAUCAGAUACAGUCUACGAAGAGACCCUCAGGCACAGUAACGAACUCAGUAAAUCGCUCCAGAAGAUGAUGCAGCAGCUCAAGGCACACCCAGCCGUAACCUCUUUCCAGCUGCGCUACGUCCAGUUUCUGACGUACCGGCUAUUCUUUGCCCUCCACCACCAGAUCGCCCCGCUGGCGCUGCGAAACCCGGUCUACUACUUCUCUCGCAAGAUGGUCGUCGAUACGGCGCUGCGGUUGUGCGAGGUUGCUUUCCUGGCACCUGAUAAGUCUGGCACUGGCGCCACGGUGAAGCCUGCGACGCCUUCGGAGGUGGAUUUCCAUCGGUUGACGAUUAACGGUGCCGGGUUAUACCGGUCAGUUCCCUUCCAGGGCGUCAUGACACUGGGGCUGGAACUUAUCAAUAUCAAGGAGGAGGAAGUGAGGAAUGGGCACUCCAUGAUCUAUAGCGGCUCCGAAGAUCGGCUGCGGGGUAUCCUCGAAGCUGUGUACGACUGGUCGCGAGAACGGAUCCAAUCUGGAGAGACGAACAUCAAGGGCCACGCGCUGAGUGUGUUGCUCAUUGCUCAUAUUCAUGGGUUGGAGCAGGGUGUCAACGACGACAAGAUCGAAGACUUCUUUGAGGAGGCUUGUAAGGAGCGGGUAAAAGAGUGUUAUGAGUUGCUCUCGGAAUUGGCAGGGGGCGAUGUGAUUGAGGAAGGAGUCAGCAUGCCCGAUGUGCAUGAUUUGGAUAUGGACUUUGAUGCCGGAGUCGAUAUGCUUGGGGAUUGGGAUUGGGGCACAUCCGUGGACAAUAAUGGGUUCGGGUUCAGCUCUAUCAUGAACUUCAACGCUAUGCCUGAGAUGUUCUCAUAAAAGCGCACUCGCAUAAGAAUUGGCCUUGUAUUCAGAGCUAGUUGGAAACACUCCCCGUGGAAUCGGGCCAGACUUGUCUGGAAUUUAAAUUUGCCGAAGAGUCUGUGUACGAUAUAAUGUUGCGUCUUUCUGCGAGAAACCGAGCAAGAGAUACCGAUUUUCUGGCAAUCGAGGCAUAUACCACUUGGAAAUCUAUAUGCCGGAGGUGAAACAUUUCUUGUUUGCGAUAAUGAUUAAUGCUUUGUGACCUCCCAAAUGAUAUAAGGAGAAAGCGCGUGUAACGCGAGGAAGAACCAGCAAAACAAGUUUGGUAGAGCCGCAGUGCGAAGCGAGGAGGAAAGCGCGUCUUGGGAACGGAGCAAGGAGCAUUGAAGAUAAAAGACAGGUGGAACGAGUUCACGGAAGGAUAGAGUGGCACAUUGUAGGCGACAUAGAGAAGCCGGUGAACCACGAACUCUUUGUCAAAUCUAAUGGCGAGCGUUCAACC